AUGGCGUUCCAAUUGCAAGACAUCGACCCCGAGACCGACUUUCAGUCGCUCGCUCGAUGCCUUUUGGAUGCAUAUCAGGACCCGCCGCAGAGAUUCCUGCACAUCCUUCUCCCGGUUUUUGGACCCAGUCAAGAAGCCCGUGAGGCGGCCAUCCAAGAAGCAGGCGAACGACUGAAGCUGUGGCACUCGCUUGACCCGUCGAGUCAUUGGCAGAAAGCAGUUGAUGUCACCGGUAAGAUUGUCGGAGGCGCCGCAUGGAACAUUCACAGGACGAACCCGUUCGCGGAACCGCAUCCAAUGGAAGCCACUUGGUUUCCGAAUGACAGUUCGCGCACCUUUGCAGAGAAGGCGCUGGAAAACUACGGCAGACCAAGGUUUGAGGCGGCCCAAAGACCUCAUCUAUAUCUCUUCAAUGUUUUCGUGCAUCCAGACUUUCGUCGCAAGGGCGUCGGACAGAAGUUUCUAGACUGGGGUAUGAAUAGGGCAGACGAACUGGGGCUUGAAUUUUUCUUAGAUGCGACCCCACAGGGUAAACCAUUGUAUGAUGCGAAUGGGUUUAUUGUUGUCGAAGAGAAUGUCACGGCACCGACGACGGAUAAUCCGGACGAGAAGUGGAAAGAGACGGAAGAAAAGGUCAGCCCCUUCACGUUCUGGCUCAUGUGGCGUCCUGUCGGAGGUAAAUACGAAGAGGGAAAAACGAUCAAGCCUUGGGAGAAUGCCUAA